CAUGUUCAAUGUUUUCGUUCAUCUAAAAAUACAUAAAUUUGACGUUUUGUCAUCCGCCAACUCAUUUGUUCUCAAGUCUUUUGUUUGUUGUUUUCCAUUUUUGAAUUGUUCAAAUAAAUGUCAUUUAACUUUGGUCUUUGUAGUACCUAAUUAUUAUGGAGCAGGUGGAUACCACGCAAAAGGUACAGAACUUACAGAAGUGGAUACAAUAGGCUACCAUCCCAAGGUCGAUGCUUCUGACAAUUCAGAAAGAAUUUUCAUCCGAGUAGAAUUAUAAUGCCUAGGUAUAUUGAACUGCUGACUUGGUAAAUGGAGAGCGAAGGAUUGGACCAGAAAUACAAUGAUAUAGAAAAGGAAAAAAUCUUACAAGUUAUCAAUAAUUCAGAUAAUAAUAUUCUCUCGAGUUACGAAGUAAGCAAAGCCAAUCUAAAGAGGUUCUCACAAUGGAAAAGUAGUAAUGGACAGAUGAAAUCGUUAUCCGACAUAGAAUACAUAGAUGGAUUUUCAGAAAAAACUGCUAAUAAAUUAUUUAGAAGUAUACUCAGCGGUCCAUCUAAAGAAAAGAAGACAAAUGGCAAAAUUAAGGGGCAGAUAUUACAUCCGUAUUUAAGCGAUAGUGUUUCGAAGGAAUGUAAAUCGGUAUUAUCGGUGUAUAUAACAGUGAACUCAGUCAGUUGGACGUUGAUAGACAAAAGCAGCUAUGAAGUUCUAGAAUGGAAGUAUUUUGGCAUAGACUAUCCGGAGGGCAAGAGGUAUCAAAUCACUGACAUAUUGGAUAUCGCAUGGCGAGUAACACAGCAGCUCCCACAAGCUGACAUAUACGUGAUGAAGGCUGCCCCCACCACCUUGAGGGCGGCGGGCAGUGACCCCAACAACCCCAAAGUGUUAGCCGUCAACCUCCAGAAGGCACAGAUGGUGGCCAUGAUUGUAGCUUUAAUUAAUUCUAGAAAUGCAUCCCAGGAAACAUCAAAUGAGGAAAAUGAAGGCAAUGUUUUGAAACAGAAAGUUUAUUUUCUAAGGCCUACACUUCCAUACAGAUUAUACGGCACUUUAGUAGGCAACGAAAGAGUAUCAACAGACCAGACAGUGGAAAUCCUGUUACAAGGGUUCAGCGAAAAAUCUUCGAAAAACUAUCAUGCCUACAUUCCUAAACAUUUACAGGACAUGUUCAGGUCCCAAAAAGAUCUUCAAAAAGACAUGUUAGGUCAUUGCCUGCUGCUAAGCCUAACUUUCAUGGACCUAUGCAUUUACAAUAACAAUGAAAAAAUUGAAAAAUUAUCUCGGCGUGGUGAGUAAUUUGUUGUAUAAGUAUAAUAGUGUACAAUUAUAUAUUAUAGUAUAUAUAUGUUGUUGUUAAGU